UUCUAUGUCAAUGACAACAGAAAAAAAAAAGGUGAUUCAGAAUUUCCAUUUAGAAAAUAGAUAUAGAAUCCACUAUAGUAAGGAUUUGUAUAGUCCAUGUGAACUUGAGUGUGGAAUAUAAGUUACUAAUGCUUCAAUGAAGUCAUUGAUAUAAAAUUGAACCAGCCAAAAUUGAUGGCAAUGAGAUUUUCAAUUGCAUAGAGAAAGAAAGUUUUAAGAUAACUUCCGUUUCAAAGAUGUAUAGGCACAAGCAAAGUUUAUAAAAAUGCUCGUAGUAGUUGAAGAACAAUUCAUUUAUGAAAUAGAAAAAUCUUAUCCAAUUGAGGACUUAGUAACUCUAUAUACUUAAUCUAGGUAAAAAAAAAACCAUGACUAAUUCAAGGAUUCUUAUCUAUAAAUAGACAUGUUUCAUAUAUUUCUUACCCCUCAACCAAGCAGUAGUACUCGGAACAUAGCCAAAUUUGUUUCCUAGAAAAUUGUGGUUGUUAGACAGCUUACAAUGGUGAGAGGUGUUCAUUUCCUUGUGGCUGCCACCUUCAUGGGGUUGGCCUUUUCUCUUGCCUAUGCCUAUGACCCUAGCCCGCUGCAGGACACUUGUGUUGCUAUUGAUGAUCCGAAGGCUGCUGUGUUUGUAAAUGGAAAGUUCUGCAAGGACCCCAAGCUUGCCACACCAGAAGAUUUCUUCUUUUCAGGGCUGCAUAUCCCACGAAACACGUCAAAUCCAGUUGGGUCAACUGUCACUCCUGUAAACGUUGCCCAAAUAGCAGGACUCAACACUCUUGGCAUAUCCAUGGCACGUGUUGACUAUGCACCGUAUGGCCUAAACCCUCCUCACACUCACCCUCGUGCCACUGAGAUCCUAGUCGUCUUGAAGGGGACUCUCUAUGUUGGAUUUGUCACAUCCAACCCUGACAACCGCCUCAUUAGCAAAGUCCUCAACAAGGGUGAUGUUUUUGUGUUCCCUAUCAGUCUCAUUCACUUCCAGCUCAAUGUUGGGCAUACUAAUGCAGUUGCCAUUGCUGCUCUGGGCAGCCAAAACCCUGGUGUGAUCACAAUAGCAAAUGCAGUCUUUGGAUCAAAUCCACCCAUCUCUGCUGAUGUUCUCACUAAGGCUUUCCAAUUGGACAAGAAUGUGGUUGACUACCUCCAAUCAAGUUUCUAGUGGGACAACUAAGAAACUGUAUAAGUACUAAAGAAGCUAUGCACUGUUUUCUUGUUUAAUAGCCUGUUGUCGUCUUUCCCCCAUCAUGAUCAUAAUAUAUGUAAUAAGAGGGUUUGUUCUGUACUCAUUGCUAUAUCUUU